CUUUUUUUAUUUUAUAUAAUUUAGUUAUCGUUUAGAAAAGUCGAAGCGAAAUUUCAGAAAAUAUUACUUUUUAAAAAAAAGAAGCAGAAGAAACAAAAGGAAGGGGAGCGAACAAAAAAGAGUAAGGAAAAGCAGUACUUUGAUCGCCAGCCCUAGAAGUUAACCCAUGCACCAGCUGCUUGUAUAAAAAGCUUUACAUUUUGCAAAAGAAGGGAUUUCAGCACGAAAUUGAAGUUGUUUUUAAAAACCAUGGUUGCCACUGCUGUGACAUCGGCGUUUUUCCCAGUCACUUCUUCACCUGACUCCUCUGACUCGAAAAACAAGAAGCUCGGAAGCAUCAAGUCGAAGCCAUCGGUUUCUUCUGGAAGUUUGCAAGUCAAGGCAAAUGCUCAAGCACCUCCGAAAAUAAACGGUACCGUGGCGGUGACGACUUCCGUGGAAGGUUCCAAGAACGAUGACGGUGCAAGUUCCCCUCCUCCCAGGACGUUUAUCAACCAGUUACCUGAUUGGAGCAUGCUUCUUGCUGCUAUCACAACCAUUUUCUUGGCUGCUGAGAAGCAGUGGAUGAUGCUUGAUUGGAAGCCGAGGCGGCCUGACAUGGUCAUUGAUCCGUUUGGCAUAGGGAAGAUUGUUCAGGAUGGUCUUGUUUUCAGUCAGAACUUCUCGAUUAGAUCAUAUGAGAUAGGCGCUGAUCAAACAGCAUCCAUAGAGACACUAAUGAAUCAUUUACAGGAAACAGCCAUAAAUCAUUGUCGAAGUGCUGGACUGCUUGGAGAGGGUUUUGGUGCAACACCUGAGAUGUGCAAGAAGAACCUAAUAUGGGUUGUCACACGGAUGCAAGUUGUGGUUGAUCGCUAUCCUACUUGGGGUGAUGUUGUUCAAGUCGACACUUGGGUCAGUGCAUCGGGGAAGAAUGGCAUGCGAAGAGAUUGGCUUGUCAGCAAUAGUGAAACUGGUGAAAUUUUAACACGAGCCACAAGUGUAUGGGUGAUGAUGAAUAAACUGACUAGAAGGUUAUCUAAAAUCCCAGAAGAGGUUCGAGGGGAAAUAGAACCUUUUUUUAUGAAUUCAGAUCCUGUUCUGGCUGAGGAUAGCCAGAAACUAGUGAAACUCGAUGACAGCACUGCUGAACACGUGUGCAAAGGUCUAACUCCUAAAUGGAGCGACUUGGAUGUCAACCAGCAUGUCAAUAAUGUGAAGUACAUUGGCUGGAUCCUUGAGAGUGCUCCAUUACCAAUCUUGGAGAGUCACGAGCUUUCCGCCAUGACUCUGGAGUAUAGGAGGGAAUGCGGGAGGGACAGCGUGCUGCAGUCACUGACCACUGUGUCUGAUUCCAACACGGAAAACGCAGUAAACGUUGGUGAAUUUAAUUGCCAACAUUUGCUCCGACUCGAGGAUGGAGCUGAGAUUGUGAGAGGCAGGACCCGAUGGAGGCCUAAACAUGCCGAAAGUUCUGCUAACAUGGAUCAAAUUACCGCAGAAAGGACAUAGAAAUCCGAGUAAUCUCAUUGCUGUGUGUAGUAUCUAUCGUGCUCUUUUCGGAUUUAUAUACAUAUAUUCCUUAUGAUUAUUAGUCUUCCUUUGAGAAAAAAAAGGGGUUGUAAUUAGGCUUGUUUAAGAGUCGGGUUUUCGUACAUAGCCUUGUAAGGCUCAGCUCGUAUGACCCGAGCCUCGGACACGGAUUUUGUGAAUUCGGGCCUGUGCCCUAACCAGCAUAGGCUCUGUCCACGGAAAGGUGGUUCUGCUUUUGAAAAAUUGAAUAGCCAUGUGAGAUGGCUCUCUCCCUACAUUAUGGGCUUAGAGACCGGGUAGUUUAGGAUAAAAUUUAUCUUUAAUUUGGGAGGAUUUGUAUAUUUUUUUUGCCUUUAUUUUAACCUAAAUUUGCUUAUAAUUAUUUGGUUUUAUAUUUAGGUAUUGAGUCAAUGAAGUUUUUAAAUUUUAAAA